UUACGAGAGACGACGCCAUCUUGGGGCGGCCGCAGCGGUUGGUAGACAGGCCGAGUUGAGUGCACGUCUAGGCCAAGAUGCCGCAGUACCAGACCUGGGAGGAGUUCAGUCGCGCGGCCGAGAAGCUCUACCUGGCGGACCCGAUGAAAGCGCGGGUGGUUCUCAAAUAUAGGCAUGCUGAUGGGAAUUUGUGUAUUAAAGUAACAGAUGAUUUAGUUUGCUUGGUGUACAAAACAGAUCAAGCCCAAGAUGUGAAGAAGAUUGAGAAGUUCCACAGUCAGCUGAUGCGACUUAUGGUAGCCAAGGAGUCCCGCAGUGUUACCAUGGAAACAGACUGACAGUUUGAAAUGAAGAUUCUGUUUAUUCUGUUUGUAGGAAGUAAAUAUCUUUUGAAAUUGAGAAAGUAUUGGAACAAAAAAUACUUUAUGUAACUGAGUGGGCUAUUCAAAAGCCAAGAGAUCAUUUUUUGUAUUUUCUUUUUAAUGUUUAUCUUAGAGCUGUGGAAUAUAAAUGCUUUCACUUAGAGAACCAUUAUUUAUAUUUUGGAAAUUGAACAAGAAAUGCAUUUAUCUUAGAAACUUGUAAAAACUAUUUGAUGUUGGGCAGAAUGUAUAAUUAUUUUUCUGGUAAAUAUGUAUCAGUAAUUUUAAAAUGAAAUACCAAGAAAAGCCAGAUCUUACAUUUAGUUCAUCUGCCUUUAAGAGAAAAUUAAAUGUAACCAUUUUAGUGAAUUGUUAUAUUUCUUUCUUUGGAACACAAACUUGCACUGAUAAUAACCAAUAAAUAUGUAUGGCAACUGGAA